AUAGAAUCCCUGUUGCCAUGACUCCCGGAUUGCGUCCUACACUCUGAGAGGCGCAGCUGCUAGGGCUGAGGGAAAUCCUGCCUGCCGGUCUCCCUGUUUCCCUGACCAGAGAUCCAGAAAAGCACCAUGGGCCGAAUCACAGAAGAUCUUAUUAGACGGAAUGCUGAGCACAAUGACUGUGUAAUUUUUUCCCUGGAGGAACUCUCCUUGCAUCAGCAAGAAAUAGAAAGGCUAGAACAUAUUGACAAAUGGUGCCGGGACUUAAAAAUUCUCUAUCUUCAAAAUAACCUCAUUGGAAAAAUUGAAAAUGUUAGCAAACUGAAGAAACUUGAAUAUUUGAACUUAGCAUUGAACAACAUUGAAAGAAUUGAAAACUUGGAAGGAUGUGAGUGGCUGACAAAACUUGACUUGACUGUAAAUUUCAUUGGAGAACUGAGCAGCGUUAAAACCCUGACACACAAUAUUCAUCUGAAGGAGCUGUUCCUCAUGGGUAACCCAUGUGCUGACUUUGAUGGCUACAGGCAGUUUGUGGUGGUGACCUUACAACAGUUAAAGUGGUUGGAUGGCAAAGAAAUAGAGCGUUCUGAAAGGAUCCAGGCAUUGCAGAACUACGCAUCAGUUGAGCAGCAAAUCAGAGAGCAGGAGAAAGCUUACUGCCUUAGACGAGCCAAAGAGAAAGAGGAAGCUCAGAGGAAACUCGAGGAAGAAAAUGAAAGUGAAGACAAGAAGAGCAGCCCAGGCUUUGAUGGGCAUUGGUACACAGACAUCCACACUGCUUGCCCAUCUGCCACAGAGAACCAAGACUACCUCCAGGUACCAGAAACUCAAGAAGAGCAACACAACACAAAGGAAUCAGAUGACAUUGAAGAUGAUCUGGCAUUCUGGAACAAACCAUCUUUGUUCACGCCUGAAUCUAGACUGGAAACUCUUAGACACAUGGAAAAACAGCGAAAAGCCCAAGAUAAGUUAAGUGAAAAGAAAAAGAAAGUGAAACCACCCCGCACUUUGAUUACAGAAGAUGGGAAAGUCCUGAAUGUCAACGAAGCCAAACUUGAUUUCUCUUUGAAAGAUGAUGAGAAACACAAUCAGAUCAUCCUGGACCUGGCUGUCUAUAGGUACAUGGAUACCUCUUUGAUUGAGGUUGAUGUGCAGCCAACUUACGUUCGAGUAAUGGUCAAAGGAAAGCCAUUUCAACUUGCCCUUUCUACAGAGGUCCAGCCUGACCGCAGCUCUGCUAAAAGGUCCCAGACAACAGGACAUUUGCUGAUCUGCAUGCCCAAGGUAGGAGAAAUGAUCACAGGAGGUCAACGAACACCCACGUCUGUGAAAACCACCUCGACUAGUAGCAGGGAACAAACAAACCCCAGAAGAAAGCAGAUAGAAAGAUUGGAAGUUGACCCCAGCAAGCAUUCCUGCCCUGAUGUGUCCACCAUAGUACAAGAGAAAAGACACAAACCCAAAAGAAUGGAAUCUCAACCCCGAGAUGAACCCAGUGAGGAAGAUCCAGACUUUGAGGAUAACCCAGAAGUGCCUCCACUAAUUUGAAACAGGAGGCUGUGUUGUCAUUGACUGUGAACCACAGACUCAUGUUGCUUGGUGUUGACAGUGGCUAUGUGUCAUUCAUGGGGUAAACAUAGUUCAUUAUCAUUUUUCCUGAUGUUAUAAUGUUUUCCUUGCAUUGUAAUGUUAUUGAGUUUACAAUUAAAUUGCAUACCUUAAAUAUGCUAUAACUUAUCACUCAUCUAUAAUUGAACUUUGAGUUUGAAAAUGUGAAGUAAUUUAAUAGAACUACGACAUUCAACAUUAAGAAUAAGUCAUUUAGUCUUCACUUAUGCAAUAGAUUGUGCUAUAUAGAAAAGGUCUUUAGCAAAUUGUUCAAACUCAGAAGUUAAACUGUACUCUCAGGUUGAACGAAAAUGCCCUGACAUGAUUUUAAAUAGUGUUUUCCAUUUUUCUUCUCACGUUUCUACUUUCUCUAGUGGCAUGAUGUAAUGGCAAGAAUAAGAACUUUGACAUUAGAUUUCCUGUAUUUGGAUUCCUGCUGAGUCACUGAAUAAAGACUUUCAGCUGGUCCUUGA